AUGUCUAAGGUAUCGCUCCAGGAACGCUACAACAAGUUCACCAAGGCGGCCAAGUACAACCUCAACUCGGAGGAGCUAUUUUUGGUUCCAUUUCUCGUGCAUGAAGCUCGACCCCAAAUACAAAGACCUUGUGAGCAAUUUUUACUGCAUUUUCUGCGACGAACUGCUGCACAGGGGCUCCACGCUGUGGAAGAAGAAGUGCAGGCUGGCCGACUGCUACAAGCCGGUCCGGAUCGACGCAGAGUCGCAGAAAGCGUCGAAAUACUGCAGCGACGAGCACGGCGUCGAGUUCAUGCGCAGCGAGCUGCUGAAGAGGUUCAGCGGGUCCAGCAAGGAGUGCCGGCUGCGCGAGCCGGAGAUCGCGAGCGUGGUGUGCGGAGUGGCCGACUUGGACGAGUUCCGCGUGCUGGGAGACAGCAUGCCCGUGUACGAGGGCAUGGACGAGGACAUGCCGGAGGAGCUGGCGCGGCGCGUGGCGCAGCUGGACACGGAGCUGGCCGAGCUGCGCCGCACCGAGGCGCUGUACACGUCGAAGGAAAAGUACCUGCUGAAGCUGCGCGACAAGAUCCGGCUGGUGAACGAGGUGCUGGCCGGGACGGAGCCGGAGCCGGCGAAAAAGGGCAAGAAGCCCAAAGUCGACGUGUGUGGCUACGACGCGGCGCUCGUGCUCGACGACGAGCAGUGGCGCGCGUACGAGGCGAGCGACGAGUGCAAAAAGACGCUGCAGCUCGCCGGCUGGGCCGAUCUGGACGCGACGCCGGAACAGGCGCGCGAGGCGUACCGCGCGCAGCAGCCGUUUGCCGGGCUGUGCAUGGCGGAGCGCAAGAAGUGUGUGCGGCACCUGACGUGGUACAGCAUCCAGUACGACGCGGUGAUGUUGAGGUUGAACGAGGUGCUAUAUAG